UUCUGUUGACGUGGCGUGAGUGACGGUAGCAGACAGGCUAGCAGGUACUAGGGGACGGACCGGCGCCGAGGUGAGACCGUAGUUCACUCCCUGGAAGUAUGGGAAUUACUGACGACAACUGAGCGAUCGGGGUUCACUUUUUGGUCAGGAAACUUGGUUGACAUAACAAAGAAGAUGCCGUGCAAGUGCAGAUUUUGAUACUCAGGUACUGUCUCUGCUUUCACUAAAUACAGUGAAGCAAAAAUGUCUGGCAGAGGCCAGCACUAUGGGUUCCAGACAGCCACCAUGGUGCAGCCUGCCAACGGAGGUCAUGCUUACUUGUUUGGAAACAAUGGAUCAGAGAACGAUCUGUCGGAGGAGGAUGGGGAAAGCUACGAGCUGCGGCCACGCGGCAGAGAGAGGCUGCGGAGGAGCACCUCGAGAGAGAAGAUGGACGAUAUUAUCUACCUGACCAGGGAUAUCCAGGAGGGUGACACCCUGAACAGCAUUGCCCUGCAUUACCAUUGUUCAGUGACUGACCUUAAGCGUGCCAACAACCUCUUGACAGACCAGGACUUCUUUGCUCUGCGAUCAGUCAAGAUUCCCGUGAGGCGCUUUAGCGUUCUCACUGAAACCCCAGAACUAUCUGGUCCUCUCAAAUCUGCUUCUCCCACAGGAGCUAGACGCCUGCCCCAGAUCUCACCUAUCACAUCCCUCCCUUUGGAGUCCUCCACAGACUCGUCUUGCUCUACAGACAGUGUGGAAGGAUUCCUUUUGGAAAAGGACAAGGACAUCGAGCGGCUGGUGAAAUCCACAGGGCCGUCUCGGAGCAACCUCAAUGAAGUUGUGUCCUCCUUAACGCUGCAGCAGCAGCAGCCACUCCUUGGAGAGGUAGAGUAUAAACCAGCACAGAGAAAGGACCCUUAUUAUGGGGCAGACUGGGGCAUGAGAUGGUGGACGGCUGUGGCCAUCAUGCUGGUCGUUGGCAUUGUCACACCUGUGUUUUAUCUGCUGUACUACGAGGUUCUUGUGAAAUCUGACGUCGGCCAUCACGGUGUUCCCACGCCAGCUUCUGGCAACAUGCCUCAGGGACAGAUACAAGACAAUAACUUGAACCUUGAAGUUGAAGCAAACAACCAUGGAUUAGCUGGACGUGGACAUGUGGAUAAUGGAGACGCGGGACCCACUGUGGACAAAGCAGAGGGCGGAGAGCUUGAGAAUACAUAGCAAGGGAUAACAACUUUACAUUCCAAUUUGUUCCUUACUGUGAGACCUAAUAAAACUUGGGUGGUUCCUGUGUUUGAGUUGUCAUUAACCUGACAGCAGUGCAAUUGGUCCUGCAAGGACAUAUUGGGAACUGUAGUUUAAAAGGAUUGAAAGACUAGGAAUAGAGAUAUGGACACAAACAUUCAUUGUGUCUGUCCAUUCAAGUGGUCCAACGUUUUCUGCCCGAUUUGUGUCCGUUUUGAAGGAUAGAUGCUAUGUAAGAUUUACCUUUUUCCAAAAUGGACACAUUUAAGAGUUGUCAUCUAGGUUUCCAGUGGAUUUGUUUUGCUAUCACCCAUGCUGCUACAUUAUCAAUCAGGCUACACACACACACACUGAAGGAGCUACUUUAUCUUUCAGUAUGUUUAGUUUUGAGUGACUGCACGCAGAGAAAUCAUUCUGGUUGUGGAUUUGGUUUAAAACAGUGUUGACUCAGUUUGGUACAGCCAUCUUUUUUGUUAGUAUAUCGUGUAUAUUUUCCAACACAGUUUGCCAGACGACUGUAAUUGCUGCCAUUGUGUUUAAUUAGAAUUAAUUUAUUUCCAGACUAUUGGGCAUUAGCCUUUACUUAUGCUAUCAGUAUUGGGAGUACUACCAGUUAAAUUAUGUCUGAAUUUCCAUUAGUUGCUUGAUUUUGUCUUUGCUUGCCUGGAGAGAACUGCAUUUUUUAUUUGUAUAUUUCCUUUAAAAACAAAGAAGAAAAAAAGGGCACAGCAGGAGAAUAGGAAAAUGCACACUACUCCACAAUGACCUGUUCUUGUAAUUAUGAACUUUUAGACUUUAUUUAGCCCUUUUAUUUGAUCACAAUUGUCUCGAUAUUUUAUGACAAAGCAUCAUGUUGUUGACAGUAUGUGCCUUUCAACCUGUGGAAAUGUGCUACAGGCUGGAGAAUAAAUAAAUCUAUUUUGCAUAAAUUA